CAAGAAGUUUCGCUAAAGAAGAGUAAAUUAACAACUGACAAUAUAUGAAUUAACAAUAUUGAAUAGCAAGUUUGAAAACAGCAUAGUGAAGGAGGAUCAUUUUGAAUUGAAAUACACGUCACGUUCGCGCAAUCGCAACUCGAGUCAAUCGAACGCGCAUGCGCAAAUGUCGGCACAUCUGAUAUACCACGCGUGUUUGGAUUUUCUAACCUUAUCUAACCUGUAAGAGCACGUUUAAGUUAAAGUUUUAUGACUUGUCAUAAAACACAACAGCUAUGACUUGUCGGUUAAUUAAGACAAAAUUAUAAAAGCGGCGUUUUUUAAAAAUUACGCCUUUUUAUAUGCUCAUUCCACAUUUGAUGCUUCUAUUUUGUAUGUUGCGUAUUUUCAAUUAAAGUCUAAGGAUAUUAAUUAACUGAAAUACUGUAGUGAUAUCAAAAUGGGUCAAAUGGGGGAUCACGAUAUCGAUAAUAUUACAUCCGAUUGUCAAACUGGACAUGACAUUGAUAUUAAAAAUAAGGAGAGCCAGAAAAAAUACAAAUGUAAUUAUCCUAACUGCAGUGCUACGUUUUUACGACCUAACAGAUUGGAAAGACACAUAAAAUCUCAUACUGGAGAGAGACCUUAUAAAUGUGUGUAUCCAGGAUGUACAAAAUCAUAUACGAAUUCGUCUCAUUUAAGAAGACACUCAGAAACGCAUAACUCUGUGAAGAAAGUUUAUAAAUGUAAAGAAUGUUUAAUGUUGAUGAGUACUUUACACAAUUUGAAACGUCAUUACAAGCGUGUGCACAGCGAGAAGAAACUUUCCUGUAAAGAAUGUGGCAUAUCUUUUAACAAGAGAUAUCAAUUAAUCAAUCAUCAAGCUGAACAGCAUUCAGGAUCUAUGUAUAAGUGUGAUAAAUGUAAUAAAAGUUUUGGAACUUUGUCUAUAUUUAACCGGCAUCGAAAGAUACAUGAGAAACAUUAUGCUUGUUCUGAGUGCUCACAGGAAUUCAAAACCUUGAUGCUUCUAAAUGCGCAUAUAAAAGCAAAACAUGUAACAAAUUAUAAAUGCGACACUUGUGGCAAAGUUUUUCUCAAAAGAGACUAUCUAAGAAAACACUUUAAAAUACAUUUUGAAGACAGAUUGGUUCUGCCAUGCCCAUAUGACAAUUGUUAUAGAACUUACUUUUUUAAAUCUAAUUUGGAUGAGCAUGUAAAGACUAUUCAUCUUGGAAAAAAAUUUUAUUGCGACAUAUGCUCCAUGGGACUUACGACGAAGGCAAGUUUGAUACAACAUAUUCAACGUCAUUACAAACCCAAGGAGAGGAAGAAAAAUAAAGUAGAACGAAAAAAGCGGAAGGAUGCCGGUGUACCAAAGAAAAGUGUGCUAAGUGCCUUAAUUGGUAUAAAUUUGCCAAGUAGUUUAGAAAAAAUGGUGAUGGAACGAGAAACAAAGAUAAAUGAUGCAGUGACAACAUUGGAAGUAUCUUGA